GUAGAUGGCGGUGGAAAUAAUGAGGGAAGUAAGCGCUAAAAUAUAGUGUUUUGGGAAAAAAAUCAUGAAAAACGUGCUUCAUCCACAAUUUUUCUGAUCUAAAAUAAACUAUCAGACUACCCUCUAUAAGUUUCAAGUGAAACAUCAGUGAAAUCCGAAGUUCUACAAGACGCAACAGUACCGGAGAGUAGCGUAACACAUCGUAGGCCACUGCUAACGCGGCUGCCUUUGAAUCCGCGAAGUCGGUGCGCGCGGAUCCCCCGAUAUUUAAGAACUCUCUCCGAUUUUGAUGACCGAGUUAAAGUAUAUGGCAAAAUAGGGUCAAGAUGCCUAUCCUUUCAAGGAAAACAGCAAGAAAACCAUUCAAACCGCCCAUUCAAGCCAAGGAAAAUAUCGAGAAAAUCCUAGGCAUAGAAUCCCAAAAGGACAAAACAGCUGAAAUCGACAAUGCGCUUAACGAUAGCACUGUCAGCAGCACAUCUACGGAUAUUUCGAAUCGCCUCAAUGAACCUGCGAUCAAAAAGUUGUACAUGGACUUUACUGUUAAUCUGAGCAAGAAGAUAUUGUGUUCUACUCCGAUACCAUCUUCCCAGGGAGUUAAAGAGGAAGCGGAUCUUGCGAACAUGUCCUUCAAGGACCAUAUGAUGAACGUUAUCAGCAAUAGCCAACCUGAGCCUAUAGUUAUUGCCAUAUCUGACGAUGAGCUAAAUAAAGAGGAUUGCGAAACUUCUCUAUCUCAAAAUAUAUUCAACCAAGAUGAUCUAGAUUUUAUGAAGAAUUUCAAGAAGACCAAGAAUGUCAAGAACAUUUUUUCAUCCGACGAGAUGGGAAAACGUGAUGAUAAAAUACCAGCGAAGUCAAAAAAAGUGGAAAAGAAGUCCAUUAGAAAGGUAUGUGCAGGCAUGCCGCUUGAAGAAAUCACUCAAAAUGCACAACUAAAGGGUGAUAAAGCGGCUGAAAAACCUAAAAAGCAGGGCAAACCCAGAGUUCGAAAACAAAAACUGAGUAAAGCUAACAAAAAUGAAGUUGCGAUGGAUGAAGACUUGAGGAAACUUAUUAGUAGCGAGGAAAGCGACGUGCUCUCAGCGUCCAAAGAAACUGAACAAGAAGUAGUGUGCGAGAAUAGCCUUUACGAUAUCGGAACCGUCGUUUGGGCUAAAAUCGACGGCUAUCCUUGGUGGCCGGCAAUGGUUGAUGAGGAUCCUGAUUUUGACACACACAUCUGGGUGGAGGAACAUGUUAAAGAACCAACUUGGUACCAUGUGACGUUCUUCGACACCGCGCAAGUGACUCGGGCGUGGGUACGACCUAAUCGUAUUAGGGAUUAUAAAAAUCCGAUAGUUACCAUGGAAAAACUUUGUCCAAGAAUGCGUUCGGCCAGGCUCAAAGGCAGCCUCAAGCAAGCGGAAAAUGCAUUGGAGAUGUCUUGGAGCAGCAGAUUGGCGAAGUACAGAUUCACCGUCAGAUACUCCAAAGGAGUUGGUGACCUAGAGCGAGAAAGAAAAGACAAGCAAAAACUAGAUGAACUAAAAGAGAAAAAACGACAAGAGCGAAAAGAAAGAUACUUACAAAAACUAAAAAGCAAAGUGACAAAAACUAACAGAGAACACAACGCUAUCAAGAAGAAGAAAAACAACGAUUUGGAACUGUAUCCGACAGAUGUAGAAGAAGAGCUAGAAGAGUUUGUCAGUAAAAUGGACAUUGACAUGCUCAGUAAGGGAAUCAUGAAUGGAAGUUUUGAUAUGUUAGAAGGUACAAAUCAACUUUAAACAAAGAACGAUUCCUUAGAUGAUUUUGUAUACGUAAGCUAAAUCUCAUAAUUUACUUGUUAAUUUUCCAUAAUUAGUUAAGUGUUCUUUAAAAUUCUUCAUUUCAACAGCAAAUAUGUUCAGAUCUACGAUUUGAGUUUAAUUUAUAUUAAUUUCGACCUGUUUGUAUCACCAAGUGAUAACUUAGUGUAAUCUUAGAAAUAGUAUAAGUUGUGACAGUUGAAGCUUCCUUAUCAAAGUAUUAUAAAGUGAUAUGUUUAUAUAAUAAAUGAUAUGAAAAC